AUCGGUUUGCGGAAGGCGACUUGCUGUGGUGGAUUUGGGAGAGGUUGAGGAAGAGUCACCUGCCAUCGGCCCUGGCCUCCUCUCUCACUGAGCGCGUGUGGAAUGGCUGCAGUCUGGCAGCAGGUAUUGGCAGUGGACGCAAGGUACAACGCUUACCGCACGCCCAACUUCCCCCAGUUCCGCACGCAGUACAUCCGGCGACGCAGCCAGCUGCUCAGAGAGAAUGCCAAGUGUGGCUUUGAGCCCGGUCUGCGCAGACAGUACCUGAGGCUGCGCGGCCAGCUGCUGGGCCUGCGCUACGGGCCGCUGUCUGAGCAGAGCAGCUUCCGCGCCAGCAGCGUGCGCAGCUCCCGCACCACGCUGGACCGCAUGGAGGAUUUUGAGGAGGAUCCCAGGGCCCAGGGUGCACGGGGGCACCGCCGAUCCGUCAGCCGAGGCUCCUACCAGCUGCAGGCCCAGAUGAACAGGGCUGUCUACGAUGAGAGGCCCCCUGGCAGCCUGGUGCCCACCUCUGUGGCGGAGGCCAGCCGCGCCAUGGCCGGAGACACCACCCUGAGCGAGAACUACGCCUUCGCCGGCAUGCACCACAUCUUCGAUCAGCACGUGGACUCGGCCGUCCCGCGGCUGCAGUUCGCCAAUGACGACAAGCACCUGCUGGCCUGUUGUUCGCUGGACGGCACCCUGUCCAUCAUGGCCCUGUCCCCGGCCCCGCCCAGCGUCAAGGUCACCCUGCGGGGGCACGCGGGGCCCGUCACCGACUUCGCCUGGUCCCUCAGCAACGACAUCAUCGUCUCCACGUCCCAGGAUGGCACGCUGCGCAUCUGGAACACGGAGGACGGCCGCUGCAUCCGGGAGGUGGGCGACCCCGACGCCAGCGAGCUGCUCUGCUGCACCUUCCAGCCAAUGAACAACAACCUGACUGUGGUGGGGAACAGCAAGCACAUCCUGCAGGUGGUGAACAUCUCCACAGGGAAGAAGGUGAAGGGGGGCUCCAGCAAGCUCACGGGCCGGGUACUAUCCCUGUCCUUUGACGCGCCCGGCCGGAUCCUGUGGGCUGGCGAUGAUCGCGGGAGCAUCUUCUCCUUCCUGUUCGACAUGGCCACAGGGAAACUGACCAAAGCCAAGCGUCUGGUGGUGAGUGAGGGCAGCUCCAUCUCCAGCAUCUCUGCCCGCUCCUGGAUCAGCAGGGAGGCCCGGGACCCCUCCCUGCUGGUCAACGCCUGCGUCAACAAGCUACUGCUCUACAGGGUGGUGGACAAUGAGGGCACCUUGCAGCUGAAGAGGAGCUUCCCCAUCCAGCAUGGUUCUCAGCCACUACACAGCAUCUUCUGCCCUCUCAUGUCCUUCAGGCAGGGGGCCUGCGUGGUGACUGGCAGCGAGGACGCGUGUGUGUACUUUUUCGACGUGGAGCGGAACACCAAGGCCAUAGUCAACAAGCUGCAGGGCCACAGCGGGCCGGUGCUGGAUGUCAGCUUCAACUGCGACGAGAGCCUGCUGGCCUCGGCGGACACCACCGGCAUGGUCAUCAUCUGGAGGCGGGAGCAGAAGUGACCCCCACCCGCCGAACUGCUCCCGACUACCAUCUCGCCGCCUGCCUGCCUGCUUCCUGCCCUCUCCUUUAGUACCACCAUCCCCACAGCGUCAGAAGGCCCCGCUUCAGUGUUAAACCAGGAAAGGGGCAUCCCAGAAGGGAGCUGCUGAUGCAGAGCAGGUCUCUUCAGCUUUGGUCACUGCUGGAUCACAGUCCAGUGGGUUUGUAGGUCUCUGUCCCAGACUUUAAAUGCGCGUGGGGCAAAAGGCCUCAGCCGAAUCCAGUUCACUAAAUUAUUCAUGUAUGGGUUCUGACCUUCAAUGGUAAGAGUUGAAGAGCCCUGCUCUACAGCCCCAUGUCAGUUGGAAGCAGGCAAAAAUAAAGUGAACGAACCAUCACCCAAAUCGUUUGCAUAAAGAUCA